UACAGAUCAUAUGUCAUUAUGACAAUGUUAGUUGUGCGUAACUUAUUAUAAGUCGUUUUAAUUUUAAUUUUUAAUUAUUUUUUUACUCUGAUUCUAUUCUAAAUUCCUGUCAAGAUGUCAAAUCCAAUGGCUAAAAAUAUGGAUACAUGCCCCUAUAUCUGUCCGAACGCACCGCAAAGUAAUUUAGACAAGCCGACCUACAUACCAGGUGGCGAGAGGAAACCACAUGAAAAUCCUUUUGCUUCUCCAUAUGUCCCUGGUUUCAUCCAACCACCAGAGAAGAAACAUUACCCUGCUGAUGCACCACCGCGCUAUCUCCCUCAGCAGACGGAUAGCACGAGUGGGGACGUCCUCGGCAUGGGACCCAUCGGGCCGUGGGCUGCUGGUCACUUAGACUGGACCCCUCAAGCUGGGAUGACAGGCGUCCGACCUGUAGUAGACAAGUAUUCCAUCACACGUUACUCUACUGGAGAAUGGAGACGAAAUAACUUGCGCACUUUAACUCCGAGAGCAACCGACAAGGCUAAAGCUUUGGAUGCCUCUAUAAAAGCUGAUUUAGCAAAAGCUAAGAAAGACAUGGAUGACAUGCAAGAUAGUACUAACAAAAAAUUAGAAGACAGAGUCAAAACUUUGGCCCACUGGAAGAAUCAGGUGCAGAAUACACUUAAUGCUAUGAGCAAAGAGAUUCAAACAUUAGAUGCCAACAGACAGAAACUAAAGAGUGCUAGUAGAAUUUUGAUGAUGCCGGAAGCAAUUUCUAGAGAGUGUUUGGAGCUUCGAACGUUCAGAUAUGAACCAGAUUUGGUAAGAGACGAUGCUGAACAAGAGUUAAUUAAAGAAGUAUCUAUUGUUGGAGAAAUAAGAAGAGUCUUCCAAGAAACUCUAGCCAAAGUCGAAGUACAAAUGGAGAAUAACAGAGCUGCUAAGGCAGCUAUAGAGUUUGAUUGGAGCGACAAGAUAUCCACUUUGAAAGUAGACAAUCAAAAUUUGAAUUUAACAGCUGAUUCUAAUAUAAUACUCCACCACCCAGGGGUCGCUCGAUGGCCGGAGAACGCAACAAGUUUGGAGUUUUGGGAACAUUUUUGCAAAGAGAGUAUUAGAAAUUGCGAGGAAGUGAGACAGAAGUCUGAAAACUUGCGAGGAGACUUAAUGACAAUUAUUGUAAAGGGAUCUCAAGACAUGAAAAUCCAAGCUGAUAGAACUAAUCAUGCGUUAGGAGAAACAGUGUCCGCUACGGAACAGCUUUGCGCUAAACUAGAGGAAACCUUAAAGGACAACUUGAAAACAAUCGCAGACGUGGAAAAGCUCAUUGAUUACUUGAAUGAUUCGUUAAGGGAAAACGACGAGCGCGACAAACUGUCUAAUACUAGGCUACGCAGCAGAAAUUUUGGGCGACCCAACGUAGAGAAUUGUCGGGAUGAAGCUCAGUAUGGUUUGAUGGCAGAAUCCAAGUUUAUCAAAGAGACCACAGACUCUUUAAAGGGUAAACUGAGACAGGCUGAGGCGGUGAGAGCGGAGCUUAUGAAGUAUAGAGGUGAGUUGGAGAAGGAUAUAGCUUGUAAAAGGAAGAGUCUUAAUAUUGAUCAAGAUAGAAUCUCUAGGGUGCGCGCACAUUUACCAACUCCAGAGGAAUUUGCCAAUGCUUGAGAAGAGCAGGAUUUUAAGGCAAUAUUAAAAUUAUUGGUGUUUAA